AUGUACCGUACGAAGAAGUCAGACAAGCGGGCGUCUGCCGCCGUGCGGGAGGCCCAAGCAAGCCCUACUGGCGUGGAAGCUGCGCCAAACAUGGGAGUGCCGUUUGCGGAGUCCGUUAUGGCCUUCAAGGCACGCCUGAUGGCGCCUUUUAUGUUGUUCGACAAGACGAUUCGGCAGGUUGUGCCGAACCCUUCGCACGAUCGCGUGCUCCGCUCAGAGGUGUCGCGUGUUCAGGGCGUUGUGCUCCGCGAGCUCCGUCUGGCGCUCGAGCGUGAGUCCACCUCAACACCCAAAGAGGCACUCCACGCUGUGCAGAAGAGUGUGAUGCUCGCCUACGCCUCUUGCGCUGUGUCAAGUGACAUGGAGGCGCUCGUGCCGCUCACCUCCGACGAGGAAGCAGCAGCAGCCAUAUCGCGACUGGAGACUGCGUUUGCUGAGAAGAGCACUUGUGCCAAGGCUGUGGCGUCGCUUGCCGCCGUGCUGUCCACUGGCAUUGUGCGAGAUAGUUACAGCGAGGCGUGCAGGAAACUCGAGGCAAGACUCACGGCGGAGAUGGGGCCUCUCGAAGAGGGGCGCCGAACCGAGGAGGAGCGGCUCGCACUACAAGCCACGAAAAGAAAUAUACAGGACUUUGUGCAACUUCGUGGUGCCUUGGUGACGGCGUUUGAUGCUAUCAGUGCUCCAUUUAACGAGAACGGCACCACACCCUUGGGAAGCAGUGCAGCAGCCGAUGUGGCAACCUCAGCUCUGACUGUGCAAUCGUACUUCAGUCUCCUUGGCUGGGUUCUGAUGGUACAACCAGAGCGUCUGGGGCUUGCGGCCCUCCACACCACACCGUCACUCCGCCAAGUGUCUAAAGGAACCGCGGAGAAGUUCGCCAAGGUGACCCACUACAGCGCUGCCACUGGUAAGGUUGUGAUUGAGCGUGUGGGACCCACGGCUAAGUGGGGUGUGAUGCUCAAUUCGGCAGGCGCUUUGGUAGGAUUGGAGAACACUCUGCGAAACGCUACGCCAGCUGGUGACGCCCUGUACUUUGCCCUCCAACAACAAACAACUGGAUUGCCUAUUAUUGAAAUAAACGGAUAUCAAAUAGGCACUGACCAAGACACUGGCGCCAAUUCAGAACGCUGGGAGAGAAUACGGAAUGAACUACAAGAUUCAGACCGUAUGGUUUCUUUGACCGUUGCAAAAGUGGAUCAACUGAGCGAGCCGCAGGAAAUUGCGUUCGACAUCUUGCCGCAGGGUGGCGAGGGUGCGUCAGGACAACAGGUGGCGCUUAUUCUUAAGCGGCCGUCAACCGGGGUGCAGUGGCAACUCAAGAUGCGCAUUCGUGCUGAGGGCGUCUUGGCUCUAGAGGACUUUUCCAAGACGCUGCCGCUCUCUCCAGCGGCGACUAAGUUUCUUACCGAUCAUCGAGGUCACUUGCUCAUUGUGAAUGCGAACGGAUGUGAUGUGUCAAACUCCGAUCUUCUGAUGGAGAUGAUACGCAGCUCUCUUUACCUGGUUCUUCGGAUCCGAGUGGUGGAUGACGUGGAGCGUCUUGUGGCGACGGCGACCGGAAAGACGGAAGGAAGAACAGAGGAAGCUGCGGAAGGUACGGCUACAGCGGCGGUGGCAGCAGCUCCCCAACAGGUGUGGGGUGCUGUUGAAGAGGAAGAUGCUGAGGUGGCCGAGCACCGAGCACUCUUGGAAAAGCACCACAUUGACCCCGACGAGCCGCUUCCGGAGGUGACGGAAGAUGAAGCAGCAGCAGAAGUCUUCGUGGGGAAAAAGAAAGGUCGCCCGAAGAAAGUGACGGCCUCAGAGGAAGUUCUUCAGGCUGUGGAUGAAGAAACGUCGAUUGAAGAGGCACAGGAACUCCCUCUGGAAGCAACGGCAGUGGAAGAGGUAUCCGAGAAGAAAAGGAGGGGUCGCUCGAAGAAAGUGACAGUGUCAGAGGAAGUUCUUCAGGCUGUGGAUGAAGAAACGCCGAUUGAAGAGGCACAGGAACUCCCUCUGGAAGCAACGGCGGAGGAAGAGGUAUCCGAGAAGAAAAAGAGGGGUCGCUCGAAAAAGGCGGCGACGGCUCAGGAAGCGCUGGAGGCGGCAGUGGUAGAAGACACGCCAAUGGAAGAGGUGCAAGAACUUCCUCUGGAAGCCGCGCAUGGGAAUGAGGAAGUUGAUGCAGCGCCGGAGAAAAAAAAGAAAGGCCACCCGAAGAAAGCAGAACUAGGAAACGAGGCGCCAAAGCAAAAGAAACGGUUAUCGUCCAAGAAGGCGGCGAAAAAAGCCAAGGAAGAGGCGAAAAAGCGGGCGAAAGAAGAAAAGAAGCGGGCCAAGGAAGCAAAGAAGAAGGCCAAGGGGGAACGAGCUGAGGCGACGCACUCUGACGAGAGUGGGGCAACGGAGACAAAAGGAGGAGAGGCGGUGACCGGGGCUGCAGAGACUUUGGAGGCGGCGGCGCAAGCGCAGGGAGUACUGGACACACCGCUCAUUGACGUGAAGCCGACCUCGGACCUGGCUGCCAAAAUAAGCAAGAAAGUGAGGCCGAAGGAGGAGCCUGCUGCAGCACCAGCAGACACCGCAUCGCUCGGCGAGGUUGCUCAGGUGUCACCGACUGAACUUGCGGACGCGCCUCCGCUGACGUUUGAAAACGCUGUCACUCUCGACAAGUUCGACGGCGCCCAAAUGGAGCUUCGUCGUCCAGAUUUGAAGACGCCAUGGGACAUGAAGAUGUCGCUCGGCGGGGACAAUCUCGUCUUGACACGCCUGCCGCCCAUCUCAGCGGCCCUGAAGACGCAUCCUUUCCUGAAGUCCCUGCAGCCUGACACGGAUGGUCACAUUAAAUGGCGCGUGGAUGCGGUGAACGGCACCGAUCUGACUUCAGCCAACAAGACGCUUCGAGCGCAGGCGCUGGAAUCGAUUAAAAAGGCCAACAAGAUUUCCCUCCUCCUUCGCCAGAUUGCCAAGUAG